GUCGUCGACAACUUUUCUCCCACCACACAACCAGGAAGAUUCAGCGAUCAUGGGUAUCGAUCUCGAUCGCCAUCACGUCCGGAACACCCAUCGCAAGGCUCCCAAGAGCGACAAUGUCUACCUCAAGCUCCUGGUGAAGCUCUACCGCUUCCUUGCCCGGCGCACCGACUCCAACUUCAACAAAGUUGUCCUCAAGCGAUUGUUCCAGUCGCGCAUUAACCGACCACCAGUGUCGAUCUCGCGGCUUAUCGCCAAGACACAAACCGAGAGCGCAAAGAAGGCAUACGAAGGCAAGACAAUUGCGGUCAUCGGCACCAUCACCGACGACAACCGACUCCUGACUGUCCCCGAACUUCACGUCGCUGCUCUUCGAUUCACCGCCACUGCCCGUGCCCGGAUCGAGAAGGCCGGUGGUGAGGCUCUGACUCUGGACCAACUGGCUCUGAGACACCCUACUGGCAGCAAUGUCGUCCUGUUGAGAGGUCCCAAGAACGCCCGUGAGGCCGUCAAGCAUUUCGGAUUCGGCCCCCACAAGAACAAGAAGCCAUAUAUCGAGAGCAAGGGUCGCAAGUUCGAAAAGGGUCGAGGCCGAAGACGGAGCAAGGGUUUCAAGGUCUAAGCUACAGGGUUGGCAGGCCUGUUGCGUGGCAGGAGAGCUCGUCGAUUCUCUUUGGCGAUGGGUUAUCAAGAUGCUUUGCUCGACGGUGCAGAUGGCAAUGUGUUGUCAAUGGUCACCGUGUCUCGGUGUUGAUCAUGUUUCUCUCAGACUUCGAGGUCGUGCAAAGGGGAUCUUUAUCACUCCACAAGGACAUGAGAGCAAAGUUGAGCUAAAUGUGAUGCGGUGGUGCGGUGGUCUCAAUUACCACCCAGUGCAGUACGUUUGAGCAAAUGAUUCGUAACUAGAUGGUUAUGAUCAGACAAGUUGAGAUGAAGAUGCAAAAUUUUCAGAACAAACGAAUCAACGUCGCCUUUUUUGACAUGAAAGUAAAA